AUGCAAAAUCGAACACAGGAUUUAGGUCUAGUAGUAAUCUGGAGUGUUCCUUCUUACAGUGGAACAGUCCGGAUCUGUUUGAUAUGUAUUCUGCUGUGCAAAGGCUCUCUCUUUUCUUGCUCACAUUCACCUCAGUCCUUUGUAAUCCAGCAACUGCCUUUACCAACUGAAGCAGUUUGUCCAUUGGAAUUGACUUCAUCAAACAUCACUCUCGUGGCAUCCGUCUACUCCAACAACACCAAGAGAGCCAAGUGCUGUCGCUACAUGAAGUCUUUUGUCGCUGUAUCCGUCUCCCUCUCCGCUAACUACACAGAAGAUCUCGGACUUAAACCAGGCUUAACUGACAUUUGCAUUACCUCCAUCUCUAGAACCAUGGAGCUCUAUGGAAUCCAAACGAACGCUUCUGUUGACUAGGGACCAAGAUUCUCUUUAGCUACGACUGCGAAGGUCUCACCACCAUAACACAAAUGCUCCAGUUCCCAAAGUUUGGAGAAACUGCAAACUACCGCUUCAAUGCAAG